CGGGCCCCGCCGGGCGGGACUGUCCGCCGAGCUGGCGUGGGGCCCCCUCACACCCACGCGCACUCUCCCCUCAGCCCCGGCCCGGCGCUCCGAGACCUUCUUUUUGCUGCCCCUGAACGCCCCGUCGGGGCUUCCAGCCUUCUCUGCGUGCUCUGAAGGGUUGUGUACACUCGCUGCGUCGUCUAGCUUCCUGCCCGUGUCCCUGCGCUGUGUCUGGGACCCAGGAACCUAGGCGCCCAAACGGCAAGACCCCUGUCUCGUCCUCCUGCGCUUUUGAGCGAGCUGUCAGCUCCCCAACCCACUCCCUCUUUCUCCCCUGGCCACCCCUCCCAUCUUUGGCCGGCCCGGCCUCCUGUACUGGCCUCCCCAGCCUUCCUUCUGCUCCCUCUCCCCAUUCAUACUCCGGGGACUCCCAUUGGCUCCUGGGCCCCCAUGAAGGGCACCGCCAUCCAUCCUUGUACCCCAAGAUCUGAGACCCGGGGCUGUCCUUGUUCUCCUUCACCCUCACCAUCAGUCCGUCACCAAGGCCGGCACAUGUUCACCUCCUAAAGCUUUCUUUGUCUCUUCACUUCUCACCACCACCAAGCCUCCACGAGGCCCCAGAGUACUCCUGCCUGCUCCCUGGACUGCUGUGAGGGUGUCUUUAAGAGGCCUCUCUGCUUCCUCUCUUGGCAGCCAGAAGGAUGCUAAAAUGCUCAGUCAGGAUCACCUGCAUUUCCCUUAUCCCCCAAACCUUCAGAGAUUCCCAUCUUGCUCAGAGUCUUGGUAGAGAGACUAAACACAUAAUCCCUUGGUGUCUUCUGCUCCCUGGCUCCUCCACUCAUAGACCCUCUUACAGUUUCUUGAACAAACCAUGCUCUCCCCACUCCAGGGCCUUUGUGCAUGCUGACCCUGCUACCUGGCUGCUCUUCUCCAACCUGGUUAUCUGAUGAACUUCCCUUUACUCUGUGAUCAUCCCAGUGUCACUUCCUCAAAGAAGAAUUCGAUGGCCUCUCCCGCCAGAUAAAGACAGAGAAAAUGAAAAAGAGAAAAAAUCAGUGGUGUUACAGGAGCCAGUGUCCAAGUGGAGAAAUGUCCGCGGUCAUAAUCCUCUGGGUCUGAUGUACCACGAUGCCUGUCGAUGGGGCCUCACGCUGCAGACGUACGUGCAGCUCACCAUGCUGGACCACCACACUCGUCCUCAGACAUCUCCCGUGCGGUUGAUGGAGCGGUCGAUUCACAGCGCAAGAUAUAUUUUUGUAGAAAACCUAUAUAGAAGCGGGAAGAUGCCUGAAGUGGACUAUGUGAUUCUGUCGGAAUGGUUUGACUGGAUUGUGAGGAACAUCGACGUGUCUGUUGAUUUGAUAGUGUAUCUCCGGACCACCCCUGAGACCUGUUACCAGAGACUGCGGCUGAGAUGCAGGGAAGAGGAGACCGUCAUUCCCCUGGACUACCUGAAUGCUAUUCACCACCUCUAUGAGGAGUGGCUCAUCCAAGGGGGCCUUUUCCCUGUGACAGCCCCUGUUCUGGUGAUUGAGGCUGACCACGACGUGCAGAAAAUGUUAAAACUCUUUGAACAAAACCGGGACCGAAUAUUAACUCCAGAGACUCAGAAACAUGGUUCAUAGGAUGGGGAAGAUCAUGCCAGAAAAAUGCUGCCAAGUUAGCUAUUAGGAGCAAUUUGGAAAUAUCCACUCUCAAGAGGGCUUGAUAUCUGGCCACAUUUGUUUUCCUGAUGGUCUUUUCCUCUUUGCCAAUGUCUUCAUCCUGGGUCUCUGGCCCUUGAGGGUAAAUGACAAAUGGGACCAAUGGGUUUGUCAUGCCCUUUGGUGUUUGCAGCCUCGCAUUCCCCAGCACCUCUCCUGCUGGUUUCCCACUGCUGGGUCCCCGUGAUUAAGGGGAGAGCUGCCUGAAGUAAUGCUGGGCUUAGGGUCUCUAACUCUGCCGACCACCCAGGAGGGUGAGGUAGUGGCCUCACAUCCCAGGGAAGAGUUGAAGCUCAGAGAGGCUAAGAGACUCCCCCAGGGUCCCAGAGCCAGGGACAGUGGCGUUGGCUCAGUUCAGACUCGGCAUGACUCUCAAACAUUCUCGCCCUCCCGAGAGCCUGCCUUCCCUUGCUAGAGACCUCACGUGUGUAUGGGGAGAUCCAGCAGUGCACGGAGUCAGUACCAUCAUUUUCUCAUUAUCUGAGCCGCUCUCGAGGACAGUCGAUGCUCUUAGACUUUCACAAAGUUGGGUCGUGUUUGGCUUGAGCCCGGUGUUCAGUGGUUUCCCAGCAGGAGGCUGCUGUGGCAUUGACCACCUCGGCAUCUGCGCUUCCGUGUCCUUAGGAGAAUCCUGCGUGGGCUCCUGACUGGUGUCGGUCUCCUUGGUGACGAAGGCCUUGCCGGAGCUGCUGUCAGUUCUCUGUCGGGGAAAUGGCUUUGGUGCCUGGGUGGUUUGCCCAGGGCCAGGCUGGGGAAGGGGCCCACCAGCCCUGGCUUCUGAGGCCUCCGUACUCUGUACUGGCCUUGUGUGAAGAGCUUUGCCCUUGGAAUUACUGAGAGUUUGGGGUCCCGGGGAGAGACGCAAGUGGCCUUAAGUCUUUCUGAAAUGUUUUUCCAUCCAAGGAGACCCUUGGACCAUACAGCAUGAAAUCAUCUUUAUUGGUUCGGAAAAUAUCCUAGCUUCCCUCAGCUGCAGCAACUCAUCAAAGCCACCACUGUCUCUUGAGUCAAGUGGGAAGUAAGAGAAAGAACAUUCUUUUAAGGGGGGCAGUCUGGACUGGAAGAUCAGGGCUUGCAAGCAAAGGCUCUUGGGAGCCCUGGUGCUCCUGCUAUUUUGGAGGUGGGUGGAGAGAGCUUCGAGAAGACUGGUUGUAAGCAUGGGGAGGGGUCAGUUGUGACUUUGGGGCAACAGGCCUCAGCCUCUCCCGAGCAGCGGUUGGCAUCGGCGAGGGUUGGAAGGCCUCGUCCCAGCCUCUGCGUGAGUGUGGCACCUUUGCGUGCAGCUCUCUGACUCGACGUGGGUGACCGGAGCCCUGGUGGUCCCGCCCCAGAGGGAGGCAGGCGCUGUGACUCCUGGACCAGUUCUUGGGCUCUGUGGGCAGGAGGGGGGGCAGCAGCCCAGUGGGGACGUGUCUCUCGGCCCAAAGGUCAGGGACCGACCAGACGUCGGGGGGAGGCAAGGGCCUAUGCUGCCCGGUAGCUUGACGAGCCAAGUAAGUGAACAGUCCGGGAUUUCCCCCCACAGCUCAAUUUGAGCAUCUCUUUUGGGGGAAAUGUGAUUUUAAAGAAGGUAAAGUCUUGCCCCGUGGUCGCCAAUAAAUCCUUCACCUAAAAGCUGAUGUUAAUCUCGGCGUGCUGCCUAGGCCCGUGAUUUUAGCCCCCCACAACAGCAUCCUUUUGCCAGGAGGAGGAUGUGUUUUCAUUUUUUUUAAACCCCAUCUUUCCUAACAUGGGCUGUACGGGUCCAGGAGAGCUCACCAUCCUCCUGCUCUGGCACCGUGGAGCGGAUGCUGUGUGUCUGCAGCGGCCGGGGCAGGGGGCCGAGAUCUCGCGGGCCAGCUGUGUCCCACGAAACGGCUGGUGCCUGGCUUGCACGGACGAGGGUUGCUCUCCCCGUGUGGCAGGCAGGGCCAGUGGCACCGGGGGGCGCAGAGCAGCUAUAAAAGCCAGGGCACAAAGAGGGCAGAUGGCACACGGUAGGCACGGGGCCUAGUUUUUAGAGCAGAAGGGAGGCCCGCGGGGACUCUCAGGAAUGGCUGGGAGGAGCAUGGCGGGGCUGGCGUCUCUAAAUUGCCGACAGAGCAAGCCAGGGCAGUGACAUCCCCGCUAGGCUGGUGUCGCCCCAUUCUUACCCUGAGGGGGGGUUCCGUAGGGCAUAACGGGAGUACGCCCUGGAGCGGCCCCAGCUGCUUUGACUCUCGGUAAUUAAAAAAUUUUUUUGAAUAGCACGUUUUCUUUUAGUCAGCAGUUUUAGUGAAAUAAUUCUAAUUUACACGUCACCUUUUUAAUUUUAUAUGCAAAAGACAUGAUUAGAAUCAUUCAGAAAUAUUUCGUGUACCUGGUGAUUAAAAAAAAAAAAAUGAGAUAGAAGUGUGUUUCUGCGUCACAUCGAAGUGCGGAAGUGGGUGAUUCGGGGCUGGUGUGCUGGCUCCAGGGCCAUCGGGGCCCCGGGCUCCUGCUGGCUUUCUGUUCCCAGUUCAACCUCCUGGUUCGUGGCUUCCUUCCUCCAGGCACUUCCCUGUCCAAGAUGGUGCCAGAACUCCUCCUCCGGCUACUGCUGGCAUCAGGACAUACUGUCCGCCGCUCACACGUUAAUUCUAAUGUGGAUGAUGAGCUUUGCAAGGCACAACUGAGAUAAGCUGGAAGGUUCUAGCGAGAUUUUGCCAGAGGCCUUGGAGGUGGGGCAAAGGCAGGAGGGAAGUCGGGACUCAGGGGCCGGACCACGGCGUCAGGGCCGUGGUGCCCUGUGGCCCCACCUGUCCCUCCCUUCUGCCCUCACAUCACAUCUCCCUCACCGCCUGGUGCUACAGUGUCCUCGGUGUCCGCGGCUCAACCUGCCUCCUGCGUUGGGUGGAGCCAGGUGAGGGCACAGGCCGCCGGGCCGACGCACUCCCACCGCGUGGCUCUCAGGAGGCCCUCCUAACUGUGGACCCUGGGAAAUGAUGUCACCUUUCUGUUUCUCUUCCUACCCCCUUUCAUUAACACCUGAGCCCCUCAUCUGGAUACGAAGUCCCGUCCCUCGCCCCCCGCCCUCCCUGCCUGUGGAACACCUCAGUCAGAGACCCUUCCAGGGCCUCCCACAGACUCCCACCCCAGACCUGGGGAAGGAUUGAAGCAUUUACAACUCUGAGAGCAGGUAGAUGUUUCCAGAACCUGCCUGCCCCUAGGUGCUGUUCAAUCUAUGCCAUCUUGUUUUCCUAGAGCCCUGGGGCCGGAUGAGGGCGCUCACUUCAAAUGCUCCCCUAGCUGUGGAAUGAGCAACAUUCAUCCCCGUGGCCUGCCCAGCCUGAGGAAUUACAGUUAUUAAAGUAAUUGACGAGCUCCUGGAAAUGUCAGCCCUCCCUGUUGAAAAUCUAAUAACAAUAAUACCCUGCCUGGUGCCUCUGGGCUUUGGCAGUGGAUUACUCACCCGGGGCCCCAGGGUCACUGGCAUGGGGCUUUCUUUUCCUCAUAACGCCAACCCCGCAGGUCCCCUAAGGCCGAGUGAACUCUGUGUUCCUCUGCUUUACAUAAGAUAGUGAGCUUGCUAAAGGCUGUCAUUACACAGAAGCCAAAAGAGAGCCAGUCUUGUGGAGUCCAGAGUAGGUAUUGCAUUUACUGCCAUCUUCCUAAAUUUCUGCAUUUCUUGGCUUUUCUCUUCUUCAAGGCUGCGUCUGUGGAACACAGGUGUUUUGGGAGAUAAUAAUAGGUGUUCUGAGAAAGAAGGGUUCCGUAGUCCAGGAAGUUUGGGAAGCGCCACCUGGGUACUUUCUCUGAGACGCACAAGGUACAUUAGUUAAACUCAAGUAGUCCUGUGAUCAAACCCCCUUUUCAACUUUAUUUAAUCCUGGGACUCUCAAACUCAUUGACAGUAGAACCCCUCUUGGGAAUAGCCAUUAACAGUCUCCACGCAUGCUCACGUUCCUCGGAACACACAUUGAGAAUAGCACUGUUUUAGGGGACCUGCACCUGCGGCUGACUCUCCGCUUUUGUGCCCUUUGGGAGUCUCUAGCUCCUAGUUCUCCACCUUCAGUGCAUCUGAAUUCCCCGGAGGGCAUGUUAAAACAUGGAUUAUGAGGCCCACCCCCAGAGUUUCCAAUUGAGCAGGUCUGGGGUGUGCCCGAGAAUCUGUUCUCUGACACCGUUCCAGGUGAUGACGAGGCUGUGGUCCAGGGACCACCCUUUGAGAGUCACCUCUCUUGAUUGACACUUUCUAGAAUUGGCCAUCCCUGAGUCCCAAGAAAACUUGGCCCCUUGUUGGUUGUUGAACGUCUUGUGAGUGUUGGUUCCCCUGUCUGUCAAAUGAGAGAAUCGCUCACUUCUCAGGACAUGGAAGGGGUCUGGACCAGGGCCCGGUAUGCGGCAAGUGUCCCUGGAAAUGUUCGUUCAUCUGAUGUGGCCCAGAAAACGGGGCCUUAAAGCAGGUACUUGGCUGAGUAAUGGCAGCAGCUGCAGGGACUGGCACUUUCCAUUGGAGUGGUGUGGAUGCGUACUUUCACCAGCUAGUCAGGGGGCCACCUGGACUGAUCUAUCUGUUCAGUAGGUACAGGUCACUGGCCUCUUUGAGGCUGACCUUCGGGACCGUACCUCUGAAAAGUGCAUCAUGGCCCUUCUGGAAUAACAGAACAUGGGGCAGGCAAUUGGCCUUUUCUUUUUAAAAAUGUUCCUGCUUCUCAUGGGGACUCUGGAUCUAUAGCUGGCAUCCUAUGGCAUGAGAGAGGGGCCUGGAGAGAGACAGCUGCUUCUCAGGCCAUGGGAACGGACACCACUUCUUAUAACAACAAGGCCCUGGAUUCCUUACAGAAUAAACUGAUGUCUUCUUGGAGAUCUCCUUCUCAGUGGGCUCAGGUGACCUCUCACUCGUCCUUUCCCUAACGCACCGAGCAGAUUUAUUUGUAGCCAGAGAUGGGCAGAUGUUGGCAGCUCCAGGCUCAUCUUAGGAAAUACCCAGAAAAAGUAGACAGUGGCCAGUUGUUAAGUUUUAAGUGACUCUUACCUUUUGGGAUCCACUUGGCUUUGUGGGUGGGACUUGGGCUUUGGGAUCCGAAUACAGGCUGGGCUCCCAUUUCCCUGGUUGUUGGGUGCAAGACCUUGGGCAGGUCACCUCACUUCUCUGGUCCUGUUUCUUCCUCCCCUGGACACCGGGCUUCUGUUUUCUCCCUCACGCGGAGAGACGCUGCACAGACUACGAAGGGGGAUGGACACCGAGGGUCUGGAGCCGCGCCAGGCUACUCCCUGUCCUUCAAACCCCUUCCAGCUCUCUGUAGUUGGCUGGAGAAGAGACCAGACUUUCUUGCACCUUCCUGGAGGGGGAAGCUGUUAGUGGGCUGCUCCAGGCCAGGGUGGUGGAGAUGCUGCAUUUUCAUUUUUAAGACCUGCUUCUUCAUCAGUGCUAUGGGGAAGCUAGUAGUUCAGCAUCUUCGCCAGCCAUUUGCUUAGCCCAGAGUCCUCGGGCCAUCUGUAAGCAGGCCUCUCUUCUCUCCCUGUCUUUCGACAGCACUUCCCAUGCACCAACUCUGUGCCAGGCCCCGUGCUGGGUGACACGUGCACACUGGUGAACAGGACAGACACGGCCCCUCCACACAUGAAGCAUGUAGUUUAGCUCCUCCUAGAUGCCCCCGUCCUGAAAUAACCCCUGAGAAAAUGCACACUGAGGCAGGAGGGCGCCAGCAGCCCCUCAGCAUUCCCUUCUGCUGGGGUAAAGAAUUAACACCAUAAUAUAUCCCACAGAGUCAGUGACAAAACUAACACAAACAAUAACAUUUUAGUGACCUAGCAGGGUACAAAAUUAGCAUAUGCAAACAGUAAACAGCAGUCAUAAGGGUAGUGAAAAUCCCAUUUACAGUGGUAACAAAGAAGGUUAAGUACUUGGGAAUAAAUUUAACAAGAUACAUCCAAAAACAAAGAAGGAAAAAUGCUAAAAAGUCCUCAAAGACAGCAAAUAAGACUUGAACAAAUGUAAAGACAUCCCAUUCUUGGAUAGGAGGACUCAACACAAAGAUGUCAGUUCUGCCUAAGUUAAAUUACAAAUUUAAUACAAUCUCAAUAGAAAUACCACAGUCUAUUUUAUGGAACUCUACACGUUAUUCUAAAAUUCAUAUAGAAAAGUGAACAUUCAGGAAUAACCAGGAAACGACUGAAAAAGAAAAACAAUGUUGGAGGACCAGCCUUACCAGACAUUCAAACAUAUUCUAAAACCUCUAGUAUCAAAAUAGUGUGGUACUGCUGCGUGAAUAGACAGAGCAGUGGAAUGAAUAGCCCAGAAAUAGACCUAAGCGCACGUGGAAAUUUAGUACAUGAACAAGGUGUCAUCUCCAAUCACUGGGGUAAAGAUGGACUUUUUAACAAAUGGUGCCGAAGUGACCCUUUGGGGAAAGAUAAAGAGAUCCAUAUCUCACACCGUACCCAAGAAUAAACUCCAAGUGGUUAGGAAUCUAAAUGUAAAAAUUGGAACCGGGCAAGUACCUUGAUUUAGGGAAAGCUUCCUAAGUAUGAUUCAAAAUCCAGGGGAAACUAAAGGUUAAUCAAUUUGACUAAAUAAAAAUUUUAAAAAUUGUGUGAUAAAACCCAUCAUGAACAAAGUCAAAGGACCAGAAACCGGGAGAAAAUGCAACUUAUGUAACAGACAGAGGGUAAAUAUUCCUAACUACCCAUGAAGAAUUCUUUAAAAAUGAAGGACAAAGGACCAAAAAUCAAAUAGAAAAAUGAGAAAAAGAUGUGAAAGACAAUUUACAAAAAAGAUCUAAAAAUGGCCCAUAAACAUGUGAAAAGCACUCAAAUUCAUGCAGAAAUGCAAAUGCUAUGGUCUGAAUAUUUGCCCCUCCCCCGAAGUGCACUUGUUGAAAACAUAAUGCCCAAGGCGAUGGUAUUUAGGAGGACCUUCAGGAGGGGGGGGAUUAGGCCAUGAGGGUGGAGCCCUCAUGAAUGGACUUAGUGCUGUUAAAGAAGAGACCCCACAGAGCUCCCAUGCCUCUUCUAUGUGAAGACACAGCAAGAAGUCAACAGUCUGCAAACUGGCCAAGAGCCUUUGCCAGAACCCGGCCAUACUGGCACCACAUUGGACUUCCAGCCUCUAGAACUGUGAAAAAUAAAUUUCGGUUGUGUUUAA